AUGGAUGUUGAGGAUAUUCCAAGAAAGACGGACGGAGAUGGAACUCAUUCACUCAUAAAUGAAGGAGCUCAAGAAAACCAUGUGAACAGCCAAGAAGAAGAACGAAGCUCAUCUGAACAACAAGGACCCAAAAUGACUAAGAAAUUUCUAAAAGAUCACUGUAAGCAGAACAAGCUGUACUCUACUCCUUGCCUGAAUGACACCUUGUACCUCCAUUUCAAAGGCUUCUCCACUAUCGAGAACCUGGAAGAGUACACAGGCUUGAAGUGUCUCUGGCUGGAAAGCAACGGGAUUCAACGCAUUGAGAACCUGGACGCUCAGACUGAUCUGCGCUGCCUGUUCCUUCAGCAGAACCUCAUUCACAAACUGGAAAAUCUUGAGCCUCUGAAGAACCUCUGCAUCCUGAAUAUCUCUAACAAUUACAUACAGGUCAUAGAGAACAUCUCCUGCCUCCCUGAGCUGAGUACUCUGCAGAUCGCACAUAACAAGCUGGAAACUCUUUCAGAUAUCAAGCAUUUGAGUCAGUGUCUUUCUAUCAGCGUGUUAGACUUGUCUCACAACCUGAUAAAUGACCCCGAUAUCCUACUUGUGCUUGAGUCAAUGCCAGAGCUGCGAGUGCUGAAUCUAAUGGGGAACGAGGUUAUGAGGAAAAUCCCAAACUAUAGAAAGACCAUGAUUGUGCGCCUCAAACAGCUGACCUUCCUCGAUGAUCGCCCUGUGUUUCCUAAAGACAGAGCAUGCGCUGAGGCAUGGGCCACUGGGGGGCUGGAGGGGGAACGUAAAGAGAGGGAGGAGUGGGAAACCCAAGAGAGGAGGAAAAUCCAGGACAGCUUGAAUAGACUGAAGCUGAUUCGCCAAAAGGCUCAGGAGAGAAGACACCUUCGAGAGCUCCGGGAGAAAGGGGAAGCUGAGGCACCCACCACAGAGACAUCUGGUGAGAACACCAGUUUUGAGGAUUCAACUUCUCACGGGGCAAAAAUUGGAGUUCUUGUUCAGGACUGCCUGGAUGCCCAUGAAGAGUUCUUACAAAGUCAACAGAUCAAUGAGCUUCAGUCAAAUGAGCACCCAGAUGUAGAGCAGAAAACUCAGAUGUUGCAAAAAGAGGUGACAGAAAAAGAAGAGGAAAGAUGGAACCAAAAGCAUGAGACCAAUGUUGGAAACAUAUCAGAAACAGAGCAAAAAGCCAAAAGCCUACAACCAAACCAAUCGAGCAGAUUUCAGUGUGUUAGAGAUGAAACAAAGAAAGAGCAGAGUGACGCAAAACAGCCUCCGCAGGCCAAGACACAUCCUCCUGAGGCAGACGAGGUGAUGCCUGUGCAUGGCCCCAGUCCGCUAGUUACAGAGCUGGAGGAUGCUGAUCAGCUGGAGACCAUUCACCUUCCGCUCAGCCGUUCACUGCACCUCGACGACUUGCCAGAUUUGGAGGAAGUGGAUAUGGACGAAUUGACUGAAGUCUUGUCCUCUCAGCAGGCUUUCAAACCCAAAAUUGAAGUCCUAUCAGGAGGCAGUGUCAAAGACUUAACCGAAAUGUCAAGUGAGAGCGUCUCCACCAUCGGUCCAGACACCGAGUCACUGCUGUUGACGAGUGGCUGCAACAAACCAACACAAGUCUCCAGGAGUUCUUCAUCCCUGAUGUAUCUGGAAGAUGCUCUCUCAGUCAACGCAAAACCUACAGAAAACAAACGUCCCUCUCCACGUGGAUGUCUGAUUGAGGAGCUGGACUGA